UGGUAAAGAGUGACGUUCAAGCUUUGUUUACUUUUACAACCGACGCGAAUCAAUGAGUACGGUGGGAAAUAAAGUUUUCGCUCGUGUUCGAUUGGAAUUUAAUUAAUUCAGGCUACUACUUAUACCGGCACAACAUUUACAUGGCUACUAAAAGGAUAAGACCUAAAAUUAGAUGUGUUGAAAUGAGCAUGCAGGAAACGCUGCAUUUCAUAUCGGAGGUGAAACUGCACAACUGCCUGUGGGAUCAUACACAUGAAGAUUAUAAAAACAAACUUGCCCGCGAUAAAGCAUGGGAAGCGCUUUCCAUCAGUUUUGGACACCAUGCAGAUGAUCUGGUUGCUAAAUGGAAUUCGCUCCGAUCCUCACUAAGACAGUACAGAUGCGCUGUUAGAAGAAGAGCUAAAGAUGGAGAUCCCGAUGCACUGCAGGUCGUGAAGUGGCCGUAUUAUUCUGCCCUGAGUUUUGCAAAUGGACCCCGCGAAGAACCGCCAGCAAUAUCCCUGCCAACAAAACUCGUACCAGAACAUUCAAAGCAAGCAGGGUUGCUAAGGAGAACAACUACUCAUGGAUAUGAUCCACAGCGAUCGGUAGCCAAUUUUGAAAGACAGGCAACACACAUAUCGCCAAAAGUGGAAAUAAACCAUUCGCAUCCUAUAAGGCUGAUAAAGAGAAGGAGACUUGAUGACCAAUCCAGUCAAUCGGGCUUUAAACCGAUAGCAAGUGCUUCAACAAAUGCAAGUCCGUCGAGAAACUCGCUUGACCGGUCAUCUCCAAACCUAAGCAGCUCAACAAACGAACCAGAAUUCAUUGCUAUAAAAGUGGAAGCAGUUUCAAACUCGCCCUCACCGGUUGAGCAUGCUUUUCGCGACAAUGGACACAACCGUAGCGUACGGAACGCGAAAGACGAAGAUGUAGUCUUCGGACAUAGUAUUGCGCUGCAGAUGAAACAAUUUUCGCCGAGAACGAAGCGAAAACUACAGAUCCAAAUUCAGGAACUGAUUGCCGAAACACAAAAGCAAGCGUUUGAAAAAGAUUUCGGUAUCGCUUAUGACAGUUAAUGGUAAAGGAAGUUGAAGGACAAAUGCCCAAAUGCAUGUAUAUUUCUAUACAGUACAACAGCACGUAUGUUUCAAAAGAUUAGUUCUAUUAAAUAUUUUGCUUUUUCAAUCAAAAA